CAAAUUUCGCGUGCGAUUUUUCCUUUCGGGAACGCGAGACACCGGACAGGCGAAUUUUCCAUAAUUACGGAGAAUGUACCGGUAGUCCGAUGCUCCGGGAAAUUUAUUCGACAAACGAAGAACGAAGAGUUGACGAAUGGUCAGCAUCGGAACGUGUAUCGUCAUACCUAUGUGUAUAUAUACAUUUCGUAUCACGCUUGGCAAAGAUCCCGCGCACGGGGGGCGACCGAGAAUCUCAUAAGUUGACGACGAUGACGAUGACGAUCGUGACUAUGCGUCUCUGGUUAACGCCGCCACGGGGAUCCGGGGAAUUGUAUUAUCUACUACGAAUUUUAACUUAAUAAUACGCCGUGCCACGUAACAUCUGCAGUCGUCUGGUGUGGCGGACAAUUUUUCAUCACAGAAUUAUCAGGAAAACCGCUUGGAUCGUUGAUGCGAUUUUUUUUGUCACCCUCUUUUUCCCAGAGAAGUUUUUCGACACGUUGGAAAUUUCGUUGCAAAAAUUAUUUGCCACCGUUACAGAAUUUUGGAAAUUCACCGAUGAAUUAUUUUGGGAUAUCUACUCAACGGUACUUAAAAUUCGGAUUAUUUUAUUUUCUUUUUUUCUCUCAAAUUGCUCGUCACCUAUAUAGGCGAGUAUACUUAUCCGUAUGUUUAUCAUACGGUCACCUUCUUUUUUUUACAAUUUAUUUUUAAGCGUGAUUUACGGAAAUUGGUAAUAGUUUUCCUAUAUAUAACGUAUUACGUUGCAUCGAGUCAGUGAUUCCGAAAAAGAAAUUUUCCGAUUCGAUAUAAAGGAUAGGAAAAAAAAAAAAAGAGUAAUCGAAAAUACACAUUUCACGAUGAACAAUUAUCGAUCACUCACGGAAACCGUUAUCCAAAUAAAUCAAUUACUUUAUUUUCCGAUAUCCCAGAUCGUCCUCACUUCGAAUUACGUUGAUUUCUCGUUCGAAUGAAAACAGGUUUCCCAUAAAACUAUCGUAAAAAAUUUGCAAAUACGGCACGCGCGUAUUUCUUUUUUUAUUACUCGUUGAUAAAAAUAAUACUGAACGAAAAAUUAACGAUCGUUUUCUAGGCGCCAGUAUUUAACGUUUUUCGCGAUUCGGAUUGCUUCAGGUUUCCCUCAUUUUCACGUACAAAGAAACUUUGCCAAGAGGAAAAAAAUAUUUCUACGAACCGGAAAAUUCUUAUUUUAAAAUCAUUUAUUCGUCUCGUGAUCGUUGAAACACUUUGCAACAAUUGCGUUAAUCCAGCAGCACGGUGAGAUUAAUAUUUUCACGGUGAUCGUUGCAUGAAACCUCAUCCCGACGUGAGUUGCAAAAAAAUUUUCACGUCCUAGCGAAAAUUCGUUUUAAAAAUACUCCCGCUCUCGCAAAAUUCAAUUAAUUAAGUGAAAAUUAGCGAACGAUUACGUCCGAGCGACGUCCCGCGCUUUUCGUCGGGCCCGAUAAUCACCAAUUAGUUUUCACGGCAUAGUUUCAAGCCGGUGUAUCGCACGGAGUGAAUAACUGUGUACACUAUUUAGAUCGUAAAAGUCACGGGCGGUCGGUAAACGGAUCUGCAUAUAAUAUGCACAUACCGUACUAUUUAGCGCAUGGGUAUACAACGUAAACUUCGCAGCGUGAUUUCCAAUGCUUGAAUAAUUACACGUUACCGAGUGAAAUUAUAAUUCCUUCAUCAAAGGAACUUCGCACGUCCUUGACAAAAAACGCUUAUACGCGGUAAACGGUAAUCAAUUUAUUUAUCACAUGGAACUUGAUUCCGGGUAGAGGUGUAUAUAUUUAAGGUAAUAUAUAUAUUUUGAAAACCGUUCACGUCGUUAUUAACACCUAUAUAGGUGAACGAUCGAGGAAACUUUGGGACGAGAAUCUGAAAAAAAUUCCUCCGACACUCAGCCCUCCAAAAUAUUGCGUUGGGGAAUUUGUUUUUUUUGAAUUUUUUUUUUUCCGAUUCCAGAGCCGAUCGAACGAUCACGAUGACGGAGUGUUUAAUUUCGGUUGUAAAUCAGUUCUGAUAAUUAUUUUCUCAGAAAAUAAAUAUAGAGAGAAAAAGAUCCGGAAAAAAAAUUUACCCCCGGGGUAGGUAACCGGAGCUGGCUUAACGAAAAUACAAUGGUAAUGGGUGGUGUCGUAACGGGGGUUUCGGGUAACUUAUAUAUAAAAGUGAGAAACUUGAGCGAGCGAUGAUAGUUUUCGAGGACUCGAGCCGGAGUAGAGAUGAUCAAGAUAAUAUUUCUCCUCGUGACCGCGAACGCGGUUCUCAGUGCUCCCGGAGUCCCGUUUCUCCAAUACGGCCUUCCGGCGUUGCCGAGUAAUUCGGAGGAGAAGAAUGUUCCCUCGUUCGAUAACCGAGUUCAAGAAGAAAUCCCGGAGUUUUCGAGUGCGGGAAACGUCGUGGAAGAAGUCGAACUGCAUCCGGUGGAAAAUUCGCCCAAUCCAGGGUCUCCGUUGCGACCGGCGAACGGCUUCGGCACACCCUAUCACCCCGGUCCGUUUUCGGGAUACGAUCAACCGGCUUACGACCUCGAAUUACCGCAACACGAGUUCAAUCACGAUUUUCGGUUACCCGAAGAUUAUUUCUACGUAGGUUACGCUCCGGAUUUUGAAAUCGGAUCGGAACAAGACUCGCCUGGAACGGACUUGAACGAACAACCGUUGUUCGAAACGAACGAAGGUUCCGAAAUAAAGGAAACCGAAAUCGCACCGAUCACCGAUUUUUCUUCGCCGCAAGAUACUCGUAAUCCGGAGGAAAGUUUCAACGGCGGUCAGGAAAUUCAAGACAGUUUCGUCGACGAGUCGAAAAAUCCCAUUUCACCGAAUUUCGAAACGCCGGACAAGCUCGUUCUCACGCCUGGAAAAAAAAUCAAAAUUCAAGAUGCUUCCGGCCAAUAUUCCCACGGAUUCGCGAAUCCAGACGGUACUGAGGUCCAGGAAUCCGGUCAUCUCAUAUCCACCGAUGAUGGUUGGGAAUACGUAAUUGCUAAGGAAGGUAGCUACAGCUACGUAAGCCCCGAAGGUUACCCGAUCCACGUUAGAUACAUCGCCGACCACAGAGGUUUCAGAGUUCUGGGAGUGGAAGGUUUUGGUCGUCGGUAAAAUUCGAUGAAAACCUACCGAUAUUUUAACGCAUAAUAUCGUUACGUACCUACUGUAGUUUCAGACGGGACCCAACGAGACAAAUAUUCCUCAAAAUUAAAUAAAGAAUAAAAAAAAACCCGAAAUUAAUGCUGCGCAAGAAUGUUCACUGAUACAUCAGUAACGAAUUUUCGGGGUCCCUGAUGAAUAUUUAUUUAUUUUAAUUCUUUUUGUCUCGUAAUAUUUAAAUAAAACAUAAUCGAUACCGACGAAAUUCAUCUGCAUUGUGUCACGUACUAAUUCCACAAUCAUGUGUAAUAUUGAUUCGUUCCGUAAAUUUUGUUGCUCGCAUCACGGUAAAACAAUAAUAAUAAUAAUUAUUAUAAUAACAUUAAUUAAUAAUUAUAUAUAUAUAUAUAAUUCCGACAGCGUGAUGGUUAAUUUAUUCAA